GUGUAUCGUCAUUUUAGUUUCGAUUUUGUUAGCGCCGAGUGUACAGUGUCACAAUAAUGUGUUUAGUAGUUUAGUACCUAUCUACUCUAGUGUAAUCUUUAGUGUAGUCUAACAUGUUUUUGCUGCAAAAGUGAAUAGGUAGUAUUUAUUUAUUUUUUCCAAUUAUGAUUAAAGACAGACUGAAAGAAUUACAAGCUAUUGUUGAAGAUGUAUUUCCAAAUCACGUCAACAGAAUGGAUUCCCGAAAUAACAUAAGAGGAGUGGACAACGUAGCUCUGGACAUGCAAUACUCAGAGUACGGUUACAUGGAACAUUUCUUCGAUCAGAUCGAACAAUGUCGGAUAAAAAUAAGACAAAUCAAAGAGCAUGUAGUGUUGAUGAGGACGUUACACGGAAAGUUACUUCUUCUACCCAGGCAAGAUGAAAAUAUGAAACGAGAUAUAGAUAUAAAAACGGAAAAUGUAAAAAAAAUGGGUAAACAAGUCAGCACCACAUUGAAAGGUCUAGAGAAACAGAUCAACCAGGAAGAAGAUGAGUCUUCCGGUGACAACGAACAAGUAAGCGCCGCGUUGCGGAUACGAAAAACCCAACACGCCACCACGAUACACAUGUUGGUCGAAGCCCUGGCCGAAUUCAACGCCGAGCAGAUCAUCUACAAAGAAAAAUGCGAGGAACGCAUGCAGAAAGUCGUGUCCAUAGCGAGAGCCGAAAUAUCCAACGAUCAGUUCGACGAGCUAGUCAGCCAGGGAAAUUAUUCGGCCGUGUUCAACGGAAACAUAAUUGCCGAAACACUGGAAGCCAGGAGCACGCUGCAAGAAGUCCAAGACAGGCACUUGGAACUGCUGAAACUGGAAAAGAGCAUCCAAGAGCUCCGAGACAUGUUUGUCGAGAUGGCCAUGCUGGUCGAAAAGCAAGGUGACAUAAUUAAUAGUAUAGAACAACACGUAUUAAGGGCCGGAGAAGCUGCAGAAAACGCCAAAGUUGAAACCAAAAAAGCGGUCAUAUACACUAGUAAAGCUAGAAUGAAAAAAAUCAUCUUAAUGAUGAUUUGCGGCUGUGUGGUCUUAUGCGUGGUGGCGUGGUUGUACUCGAGUUUUUUCGGAAACGAUGAAACAACCGAAACCUGACAUUUUUAUAACUUUUUUUUUUUAUAAUAUAUUGUAACUGUUAAGGUAAAAUGCUGUGAUAUUUGUGCAAAUAUAUAUAAUAUAUAUUAUUGCUUAUGUAUAAUGUAUAUAUUAUAUAAAUAUAUGUAUGUAGAUAUAUU